UGCACUGUGUCCCUCAGACACAGUGGAUUACCAAUCAUGGAAAGAGCCGAAGUGUCGGCUCGGUCAUGUGAUCAACUGUGUCCAAUCACAGCUGAUCACAUAAGUGCCACCUGUCAGUGUCCAUUGUGUCAGUGCUCAUCAGUGCCUCGUGCCAGUGCCACAUCAAUGCCAAAUAUCAGUGCCUACCAGUGCACAUCAAUGCCACAUAUCAGUGCUACCAGUGCACAUCAAUGCCACAUAUCAGUGCCCAUCUGAGCUGCCUUUCAGUGUUACCCAUCAGUGCCAGUUAGUGCCACCUAUCAAUGCCAAUCAGUGCCACCUAUCAGUGCCAGUCAGUGUCGCCUAUCAGUGCCUGUUAGUGCCGCCUAUCAGUGCCAGUCAGUGCCGCCUAUCAGUGCCAGUCAGUGUCGCCUAUCAG